GGUAGCAAGUCCUAACGUAGAACCAGGUGCCGCCAUUUUACCCUUUCGAGCGCAGAGAAGAAAAUGGCACAGUCUAUCACUUCGGUCGUGGAACGGUCGACGCAAAAGGCCCCGUAGCAACUAUGAUCGUUGCAUCACACAAGUUCUUUCAGUCACGGACCGACACCCCUAGUCUUGGCAUGUUGUUCGUUGUCUCCGAAGAGACUGGUGGCGCCGGAAUGAAAGCAUUUGCACAAUAUGCUUCGAACACAACUUUCCGUGCAGGUAUUUUCGGCGAGCCAACAGAAGGCAAACUGGCUAGUGGACACAAGGGCAGUUUACGCGUGGACCUGGAUGUUCUGGGCAAAUCCUCUCACUCCGCCUACCCUUGGCUUGGUGUAAGCGCUAUCAACUAUCUAACCGAAGCCAUCGUUGCACUUAACAUGCUCGAGCCGGCUCUUCCUAGAAGCGAGCUACUCGGCGCCACAACUCUCAAUGCUGGCGUUAUUGCAGGCGGGGUUGCGGGUAACGUUGUGCCUGAACACGCGAAUGCUAGUAUCGUUGUUCGUAUCGCUCGCAGCGAAGACGAUGCAGUCGACGUUGUCCAGGACAUGAUGGCAGGAAUGCUUUCACCCAUUGUUGCUCGCGCGAAGGCAGAAAACGCUACAUUCGAUGUUCGUUUCUCGAAUACUACGUACCCCGCACCUAUUCUCGAUACCGAUGUCGAGGGUUUGGAGGUAGCCCCUGUUUUCUAUGGUACAGAUAUUCCGAGUCUGCCACAGGUGGAGAAGAGAUAUUUGUUUGGCACCGGAACGAUUGAAGUCGCACACACGCCGGAUGAGAUGUUGAGUCAAGAUGAACUUGUACAGGCGGCGGAAGCAUAUGGUAUGAUACUUGAAAGUUUGUUCUCAGAGUAGGAACAUAUCGACACGAUGAUUACAUUUGGUUAGAAGACGAUGAGGAUGUGUCAGCCUCUAUUUGAUUGCCCAAUGUCUAUUGUCAAUUCUUGCCUG